AUGUCAACAACCAAUCACAUAGGAAAGAGUCACCCCAGCUCCCGGGCAUGUAGGACCUGUGCAUUGGCAAAAGCAAAGUGUGUACCACGGCCGAGUGGAUUAAGUGCGAAAUGUGAAAGAUGUCAUCGUCUAAAGAAAGAUUGUGUGACACAAACUCCUUCUAUAAGGGCUCACAAGCCUCAAAAGACUACUCGAGUUGCACAAUUAGAGAAGAAACUUGAUGGAAUUGUGAAUCUCCUGCAACGGCAACAACAAGGCGUUCAUUCACAAGAUGCAACGCCGACAUUCUCUCCACUAGUCACCAAUGAAAAUAUCCUCCCCAGGUCACCACCCCUCUCGGAACCAGAACCGGCAAAUUCAAUUCCUUGCCUGGCGAUGGGGCUUGCUGGAGAUUUGGGACUGAAUAAACCACCAUCAGCCGAUAGAUUCAGGUAUCCAUUUGGUCACAGUAGAGCCACAGCGGGAGAUUUCUCGAGGAGAACAAUGGAGCAGAGAAGGGCUUUAGCUGGUUUAUUCUAUCUAACUUCUUUAGUUGCAACAGGCUUUCAGCGUAUAGAUGCCAUGAGAUAUUCGAUACAUCUUGAUGAAUGUGUUCGUUUUAUAGAGAAGAAGCCAGAACAUACUACGGAUCUUUUACUAGUCGGGUUAGUGAAGAUAUCACAUCUUGGAGAGAAGAUCGGGCAAGCGGUAGUACUUGUUCAGAGUGAUAGUGAAAUUCAAGUCCCUACUGCGUUGAAGUUGGGUUCAUUUCAGAUGGAGCUAGAUAUAUUGAAGAAGGGUGUCCCUAGUGCUCUGGAAGAUGAUGUAAUUUUACAGCUUCACCAUCAUAUUUCUACCAUCCGUCUUUAUGAAGUCGCGUUAACUAAUGGCUGGAUACCCACAAACGCAACACAAUCACCUCAAUCUAUCUCAGCCGCCCAACCAGUUCACCCAACGCCUUUACACCCAUCUCACCUUCAAUCUCUCUACACCUGUCUCCACCACACACGCUCUUUCCUCCACUUAGUUCUCUCCAUUCCUCCCUCCACCUAUCUACGCCAGCCUAUUGCUCCAUGGUCCCUUCUCGCCUAUGCCCUAAUGGUUCUUGCUCGCCUCUCCUUCUACCAAAACCCACUUCUCCCCUCCUGGACCCUCGAUUUUGUCCGCGAAGUCUGCGAUCUCUCCUGGGUAUUAAAAGAGCUAGCAGAGCGAAACGAUAGAGCGAAAUUUGUAGAUAUCAACAUCACUACCGAGGAUGGAGAAUGGGGAAAAGACGCAGAGGUGGGUAGUGAUGGAAGAAGGGUAGGAGAGGGCUGGACAGAUUGUUUUGACAAGUUUGCGAGGAAGAUUCGUUUGGUGAGGGGGUGGUAUGAUCAGAAGGUGGCCGUUUAUGGGAGCUCUUCGCAGUCACAGCCAUUGGGGGAUGGGUUUAGAGUUGAUAGGAAUGCGGUGGAGGGUAGUGGUGGCGGGAGCGAGGAUGUUACUGAAGGGGGCACGUUGACGCAGAUUGACGCUGGAUUAGAGGGUGUGGUAAAUGAGCAGGCGAAUUCGGAUGCAAUGCCAGUGUUGGGUGAUAUGGAUAUGAGCCCUUGGGAUGGAUUCGAUGAGCAUAAUUUUUGGAUGGAUUUGGGUGGAGAAUGGGAUGUAGAUGGAUUGGAGGCUAUGGGUGCGAUGCUAUAG